UGCUAGCUGGGGGCGAUGCUAACUCACAUUAGCAUCCGCUCGCACUCUGCUUGGAUGGACAUUGAAGCAGCUUUCCAGGUCGUCGGAGAGUUUGGGCCUUAUCAAAAACGAGCGGUGACCGUGCUCGUCCUGGCGCAGGUUUACAUGGCUUGUCAGUCCAUGUUGAUUGUUCUGGUUGGUUACACACCAGAGUACCGGAUUGAGCAUCAGAAAGACACCCCCUCCAGUCAGCUUGUCCUGCAGCAACACGUCUCCUUUACAGAGGACGUCAGCACCAUAGUGACUGAGUGGUUUCUCAUCAAGCAGCAGGCCUAUAAGGUCAAUCUCGCUGGGUCUCUCUUCUUCACCGGCCUCCUGGUUGGAAAUGUGAUCUUUGGACCUCUCUCCGACAAGAUCGGCAGGAGACCAGUUUAUCUGACAGGUUUGUUUUUUGAGGUGAUCUUUGGUUAUCUGACUGCCUUUGCACCCAGCUAUGAGGUCUUUGCCGCAUCGCGUCUUUUGGUGGGUCUGAUGAACGGCGGCAUUGGCCUUGUUUGCUUCGUCCUCACUCAGGAGUACGUGGGGAAGUCCUACUGGGCCAUGACCGGAACGCUGACUAGUAUGAUUUUUGCUGUCGGCAUCACGCUGUUCGGACCUCUGGGAUACUUCAUUCAGCCAUGGAGGACUCUGGCUGCAGCAGCCAACUCUUCAGGUGUUCUGAUCUUCCUGCUGUCUGUAACUCUUCCAGAAUCACCUCGUUGGCUUUAUUCUCAGGGCCAAACGGAGCGAGCUGAAGAGGUUCUGCAACACAUGGCUUUGAGAAACGGAAACAAUGCCAACAAACUGAUUCUGCAGCGUGUUGGGUCUGCAAAACCCGGUAACCGUGGCAACAGGCGGGCCGGCGUCCUGCAACUGGUGGUCCACCCAGUCCUCCGCCUGCGGACGAUGGUGCUCAUGUACGUGUGGUAUGCGUGCAGCCUGGUGUAUUAUGGUCUGACUCUGGGGGCCAGCGAGACGUCCGGAAACCGUUUUAUUAACGUUUCCAUGUAUGGGCUGGUGGAGCUGCCUGCCUACCCUCUCUGCAUUUACUUUAUUAAUAAAAACUGGGCUGGGAGGAGGAAAAGCAUGUCCAGUUUCCUGUGUCUCGCCGGCUUCGCCUGCCUCUGCACCACGUUUGUCCCUGAGAACGCAGGAACUUUACUGUCUUUAGCUCUGCUGGGAAAACUGAUGGUCAGCGCCGCGUUCAACAUCGCCUACGUUUACUCGUCUGAGCUCUACCCUACUGUGAUCAGAAAUGCCGGGUUAGGAGUUUGCUCCAUGUCCUGCAGAGUUGGAGGAAUUCUCGCUCCUUUCGUUCCUUCCAUGCGAGCGCUGCACACCUCCAUGCCCUUCACGAUCUUCUGCCUGAGUGGCCUGUCUGCUGGAUGCGUGGGCCUCCUGCUGCCUGAGACCCUCAACAGGCCAGCAGCUGAGACUCUGGAGGACCUGAGCAGCCCGACCCAUAGCCGGGUUCUGGAGAGCAAGGCUCUGCUGUAUGAAGACGACAACAGGAAGUCAAACCCUAAGUGAGUCUAGUGGCCUGGUCUUCAUCUGCUAAUCCUGCAGGAGCAGCUUUCUCAGCCUGAACUCAGAGGACCAAUUGACCUCUGGGUUUUCAGUUAUUGUCUGUGACAUCACAACCGAGAUGCUGCGGAAAUGCUCUGCAGCUUCUGCCUUAAGUCCUGAGUCCUGCAGAACAGUUGCUGCCUUUCCUGUCGGAAAACAGGACGUUUGGAAACGUGUACCUUCCAGAGAUGCAGAAGAAUUGGGUUUUCAUCUGGAGACUGAUUGUGAAACAUUCCUGUUGUGAGCACUUUCCAUUCCAGGAGAAAAUGUAUUUUUUUUUUCAAACAAUGGUAAUUUUUAUGUUCUUUCAUAAAUGAGCCAGUAUUUGAGUCGGUGUAGGAGGAGUUUCCCGGUGAACUCCAGAGGGACUUCGGGUGAAACGUGAGCUUCUGAGAGCAGAGUUGACGUUUCAGAUGGAGUCCCAUUGGCCCAUCAGAGCUGUGUGAUGAUGGGACAGUUCCACUGAAGUUAUUGGUGAUUCAUUGUGUUUUCACUUUGGUUAAAAUGACUCUGACCUGCACUGUGAAAGGUUGAAGUGUCAGAUGACAAGCUGCAGAGCGUUCUCACACUCAGCACUCAGUGUGUUCAUCCGUCAGACCAGUUGCUGGCUGGGUUCUUACUGGUGUUAAAGGAUUUAGUCUCGGGGUGUAGACUUCAAACUGGUGAUAAUAAAGGCUCUAAAAGAAGAAGGCAACUGAACUUUGGUUUCUUAUAUGUUUAUGUAUUUAGCAGACGCUUUUGUCCAAAGCGACUUACAAGUGAUAAUCGGCAUGUUGCCCUUGAGGCUAACAACGACAACAAUGAAAAACCUUGAAGCCGAAAACCAAAGAAGUCCAGUUGCCUUCAUUUGUACCCUUUUGGAUUAGCAUGACCUGGACGACUGAGAACCUUCACCAGCAUAUUGAUACAGAAACCUUCAUCUGCAGGUUUAUAUUCUGAGCACUUUAUCCAAACACACAGUACCUCCGUAACAAAACUCAUCGGAUUCUCCGGUUUUCAGGUGAAUUCUCUAAAGUCAUUUUUAUUUUUUUAAGUUCCUCACGGGGAUUUUUGAAGGUGGUGGGAUGACCCCGAAUCAGUGACAACUGGGCUAUUUCUCUAUAGCUUUCAAAAUAAAAGCUGCUGCUCAUAAGUUUACUGAUUUUAAAAGAUAAAAUCCGGAUUGACUUGUUCUAGCUCAGCUGCUGAGAUGAAUGAGCACUUUGAACCCAUUUUCAUUCAUUCCUACAGAUUUCAAUGUAAGUGAAUUUGUUGGCUUAGUAAAAUUUUUAUUAUGUUUCUGUUUUGUUUAGAAAAAUUUCCAAUCUGUUAAUAACUGUCCCCUUUGAAAAUGUCCAGGUAGGACAACCCCCCCCCC